AUGAUGCCGCCACCUCAAGGGGCCGACAGGCCUCAGCACCAGGAACCCUCGUACCCGCUUCUGGCCUCGCAGGAGCCUCGACCCGUGCGCGCGCCUUUGCUCCGCUCGGUAAUUGAGCGCCGUCUGGGAGAGUUUGUCGGUGGUCAGUAUGGCGACUACAACCUGGCCUCGCUACUCUUUGAAGCACGCACCGACGACAAGAAGUACGUCAAGAUCGAGCGCUGGACGCCUCCGGCCGGAUCCAAGCCUAGCUUCGACGAGGCCAAGAAGCAGCAGUACAAGCCUGCCAAAAAGGGCGGCACAUUCGGGCCCAGCUGGACCAAUCACUGGCUGAGGAUCCACCUGGCUGUACCGGAAGAGUGGCGCAACAAGGACUGGGUGCAGCUAGAGUUUGACCCCAGCUGCGAGGCCAUGAUCUUCGCCGAUGACGGCAAUCCGCUGCAGGGCAUCACGGGCGGCUUCGAUGAUCGGCGCCGGGUCGACUUUCCCCUCAAGCCAGGCAUGCGCAACGGCGUCGUCCUCUACGCCGAGGUCACUGCCAACGGCAUGUUUGGCCUUCCCUCGGACGGCAGCGGCGAUCCCGAUCCGAAUCGCUACUUUGGGCUGGCGUCGUGCGACAUCGUCGUCAAGCGACCGGAGGCCUGGAGGCUGAUGUGGGACUUCAACACCCUCCAACAGUGCGUCCGAGAGAUGCCAAAGGACAGCAUUUUGCAGAACCGCGCACUGUGGGUCGCCAACCAGAUCCAGAACACGUUCCGCAAAGGCGACCUCGGCAGCAUCCAGCGAUGCCGCACACUGGCCGAAGAGAUCCUGGGCCGCGGCUGGAGCGACCGGGGUCAUGAGAUCUACCAAGACGACGUCGUCGAAGGCCGCGAAGAUACCCGCAUCUGGUGUCUCGGCCACACGCACAUCGAUAGCGCCUGGCUCUGGCCCUACUCGGCCACUCAGCAAAAGGUGGCCAGGUCGUGGUCGACGCAGCUCGAUCUCAUGGACCGCUUCGAGGAGCACCGCUUCACCGCCAGCACGGCGCAGCAGUACCAGUGGCUCGAGGAGCUCUAUCCCAAGCUCUUUGAGCGCGUCAAGGCCAAGGUUGCCGAGGGCAAGUUCCAGCCCAUCGGAGGCACCUGGGUCGAAUGCGACGCAAACAUGCCCUCCGGAGAGGCCUUCGUCCGCCAGUUCCUCUACGGCCAGCGGUACUUCCUCUCCCGCUUCCAACAGCGGUGCACCGUCUUUUGGCUGCCGGACACGUUCGGCUACAAUGCCCAGAUCCCGCAACUGGCGAGGCAGGCCGGCUGCGACUACUUCUUUACCCAGAAGCUCAGUUGGAACAACAUCAACCGCUUCCCGCACAACACUGUCAUGUGGGUGGGUCUCGACGGCACCCAGAUGAUGGUCCACCUCACCCCGGUCAACAACUACGAUUCGCAGUGCGGUGUCGACGAUCUUGUCCGCGGCAUCAAGAACAACCAGGACCUCUGGGUGCAGGACAGCGCGCUGCUCCUCUUCGGCUUCGGCGAUGGCGGUGGCGGCCCGACCGAGGUGAUGCUGGAGCGGAUGCGACGGGCGCGUGCCGUGUCAAACUCCGGCUUCCGCGACAUGCCGCGGAUCACCAUGGGUCGGUCGGCCAAGGACUUUUUCGAGCAUGUCCGCAAGACGACCGACAACGGCAAGCGCCUCUCGACGUGGUCCGGCGAAAUUUACCUCGAGUUCCACCGCGGCGUCUACACCAGUCACGGCUCGAUCAAGCAGUGGAAUCGCUACAUGGAGCACUUCCUCGGCCUCCUCGAGUGGGUCAACACGCUGGCCAGCAUCCGCGUAGACGGCUUUGGCUACCCGAAGCAGGAGCUCGACGCCCUCUGGGAGCCAUUCCUCCUGAACCAGUUCCACGAUUGCCUUCCUGGCAGUGCGAUCCGCAUGGUCUACGACGACAUGGAGGUCAUGUACGCCGACAUGGUGUCCAAGGGAUCUGCGCUCUACAAGAAAGCCCUCCGUGCACUAGGCAUCGAUUCGGCGCUGGGAGCCGCGUCGGCCUCGUCCGCAUCUGCCAGCGACGUGUCCGUGGUCAACCACCUCGGCAUCCCUCGACGCGAGCUCGUCUCGGUCGAUCUUGAAGGCCUCGACCGAGCCCAGGCCGUCGCUCUGUCUCACCGCUCGGUCCAGCUCUGCGACGGCGGCAAGCGAGCGCUGCUCCUCGUCGAGGACAGUGUUGGCGACGGAUGUGCUUGCAGCGUCGACAAGUCGGCCGACCUGAUGCGCAGCCUCGAGGCAGUCUCUAUCGUGGAGACCGAGCACAACGAGUUCAUCAUGAAGAAUGCCAGCAUCUCGCUCAAGAUCAGCCAUGGUCGAAUCGUCUCGAUCUACGACCACGUCGUCGGUCGCGAGCUCCUCGAGCACGGAAGGACCGCCGGCCUCACCAUCGCCGAGGACUAUCCGCCUGAUUACGACAACUGGGAGACCGAGGUCUAUUCGCUUGACACGAUCGAGGAGAUCGCCUUCGACAACGUCCGCAUCGUCGAGAGAGGACCGUGGCGCUCGAGCCUGGCGUUGAAUGCCCGCUUCGGUCAGAGCAACGUUCACAUCACCGUCAGCCUCGAUGCGGUGCCUGCGACGGUGCUGGCAGCCGAUGGAGAAGGCCGACCCCUGCUGCGCUUCGACGUCGAGAUCGACUGGCAGGAGAAGCACCGCUUCCUCCGCUUCGAGGUACCCACCACGCUGCGGGCCGACAGCGCAUCGUACGAGACGCAAUUCGGCAUCACGUCGCGGCCGACGACGCGCAACACCUCGUGGGAGGCGGCCAAGUUUGAGGUAUGCGGGCACCGCUGGGCGGACCUGUCCGAACCCGACUACGGCCUCUCGAUCCUCACCCAGUCCAAGUACGGCUACUCGACCGAAGGAGGCAGGAUGAGGCUCUCGCUGCUCAAGGCCGGAACCUAUCCCGACGCGCACGAGGACGAAGGUCGGCAUGCCUUCGCCUUCGCUCUGUACCCUCACGUCGGAGGUGUCGGCAAGGGUCAGGUGGUCAGCGCCGCCAGGAUCUUCGCAUCAAGCAUGAGCCCGCCGGUUCCAGCCUCGUCGUCUUCUUCCUCGGAUGCUGCGGUCGCCAAGGUGGACCAGCUGAUUGGAGCGUCCAAGGAUCUGACGAUGCCGAUCCGUCUAGUGCCGCAGGGUGGCUCGGUGGUCCUGGACACCAUCAAGAGGGCCGAGGAGGACUUUGAGUACUAUGGCAAGAAGCCGGAGAGGCCCGAUGGUCUCGCCGUUAUCGUUCGACUAUACGAGUCGCUGGGCACCCACAGCCGACCCACCAUCGAGAUCUCUACGCCCAUCCAUUCAAUCACGCAGUGCAACAUUUUGGAGGACGAUCUGGAGCAAGAGAGUCAGGACCUCAAUCUCGAGAUGUACACCUCGACCCAUGACGAUGUGGGACGAGGAACAGAGGCAGGGGGCGCUGGAGGAGACAAGACGAUCGUCUGCCUCUCCUUCCGACCGUUCGAGAUCAAGACCCUCAAGAUCCGGAUCAAGUAG